GCAUUAUAUUCUCGCACUCGGACUCGGUCAAAGAGGAUGAUGGCAGAGCCAUGCAAUUACUCUUUUUUUGGUGCCGUAUCGCAACGGCCUGAAAAACAAGCCAAUCUGUUACUGGGAAAAUGUCUGGUGACUCGACGUCCAAGGCUCUGACGGUUGUUUCAGGGCCGGUUUCCGAACUAAUAUGUGGAGGAAUUCCAUUUCCCACCAACUUCUUCUCGACUUCUUCGUUUGCAUCCUAGUCAUGCGUUUCUCUCUACGCACUUGACUCUUGGCUUGUCUUCCUGAGCGGACCGGAAUGUCUUAUAAAAUGUAAUCGACACCAUGGACUGGGGUACUUACUGCCUGUGAGAUGCUGCGCCCUUUCUCCGACGUAUGUUUCUUACUCUCGAGUGCCCUCUAUGUUGCUGCUGUAGCGCCGGCGGGGCCCUGGGAUGCCUUCAAUUAUGCUCCGAGAUCAAAGACUGUCCUUCCUGUCCAAGUCAUCGCCAGCAUCGGAAAUAUUCAAGUUACUGUCGAAGACUCCACCAAUUCUAUGACGCUGGCUAGCCAAGAGUCAUACAUUACACUGGACUUUUUAAAAGAAGUCGGUGGCCUACUAUCCUUCACUGUUGAUGCGGCCAGCGAAAACACAUCCUUGGCGUUAUCUUUCUCAGAAUCUCCCUUAUUCAUCAGUCCUCAUCAAUCUGAUGACUCUUGCCAUGCGAAUCCUCUCAUGAACGGCGAUGGAGCGCAGAUACUUUCUCUGCCCUCUCCGUCAGGGAAGGUAACCCAGACGUUAGCGCAGCAGAGAGGCGGUUUUAGAUAUCUGACAAUAGCUACUACCAACGAUGAUCCUGUGUCCAUUUCCGAUGUGCUGGUCGAUAUUACCUUCAUGCCUCAUUGGAACGAUCUCAGAGCGUACUCGGGUUAUUUCCUUGCAGAGGAUCCAGUGUUCGAGGAUCCAAAUUUUUUAACUAAAUUGUGGUAUUCUGGAGCAUAUACUGUUCAGACGAACACCAUCGAUCCAAAUCAAGCCCGAAGUUGUGUGGCUACUAGCGGCUGGGAUAAUAAUGGGAAUGCAGGACCUGUAUCCGGACCUGUCCUUGUCGAUGGUGCGAAGCGUGACCGAACCGUUUGGCCUGGUGAUAUGGGAAUCUCGACGCAUACCCAGCUGGUGUCGACAAAUGACCUUCUGGCCACAAAGAACUCUCUCAUUGUUAUGUUCUCUACUCAAGACCCCUCUACGGGCUCUCUUCAGUAUUCCGGUCCACCCAUCAAUGCUCGCGGGAGCGACACCUACAUUUCUUGGUCACUUAUCGGUUCACACAGUUACUUCUUGUAUACGGGCGAUCUCGACUUCAUCAGAACAAUCUGGGCAAAUUACACGUAUGCGCUUGAUUUCCUACAAAGCCAGGUCGACGCUACUGGUUUGAUGAAUGUACCUCCUGCAUUCGCUAACGAUUGGGGAAGAGAUGGCGGACAAGGCCAUAACUCUGCAGCUAAUGCUCUACUUUAUAGGACUUUGAUUACAGCUGCAGACCUUGCGUCUCAGCUAGGAGAAUCGUCACUUUCGGCUGCCUACCUUGCCAAUGCGUCUUCAGUGAAGUCCGCUUUUAAUGAAAUAUUGUGGGACUCGUCGGCUGCCAUGUUCCGCGAUAACGAGAACACGAGCCUCCAUCCCCAGGACGGCAACUCUUUGGCAGUCCUCUACAAUGUUACAGCCAAUGCCAGUCAGAAUGUAGCUAUCAGCGAGGGAUUGACAUCGUUCUGGACACCGAUAGGCCCUCUCAGCCCAGAACUGAAUGAUACCAUAAUUCCAUUCGUAGGCGGAUUUGAGGUCCAAGCACAUUUCGUCGCUGGGCAGGGAGAACGGGCGCUGGACCUGCUUCGGCAAGAAUGGGGUUACAUGUUAUAUACCAAUAUAUCAGUGCAGUCCACACUUCUGGAGGGCUACACCGCUAAUGGUUCGCUGGGCUAUCGGAGUGCGGCCGGGUACGACUUAGAUCAUGCUUAUACCAGCCAUUCCCACGGCUGGUCUACUGGCCCCACUUCUGCGCUAACGUUCUUUGUACUUGGGUUGACGCUCACAGGUCCACAGGGUUCUAGCUGGUCGGUAGCCCCUGUGCUAAGUGGACUUCAGUCGGCUGAGGGUGGAUUCGAAACGUCUUUGGGCUGGUUUGGAGUAAAGUGGAACGUGUCAUCAACCAACAACUUUACGCUCGUCAUCGAAGCGCCUCUUGGCACCGUAGGCACUGUGAGACUGCCUUCGUCCAGAAAUUUCAUAGUCGACGGUGACAGUGUAUCAUCGGCAUCAAUGAUUGAUGACCGUCCCUCGUUUCGUCUUGAAGGAGGGAUCCAUACCCUUAUCCAAUCCUUGUAGAGGGCGAUGCUAGCAGUUUCAAGUAACGUGUAACAUCGCUCGAUUAUUUGUACUUGUGGCUUUUGUAUCAUGACUCACUGACUGCGCUGUAUAUA